AUGACAUUAGAAUGUUAUUUGUGGUGUUUUGCUGGUAUGAAUCCAAAGGAUUGGACAAAAUGGCUACCAUGGGAUGAAUGGUGGUACAACAUGAGUCAUCAUUCUGCAAUCAAUAUGACUCCUUAUCAAGAUCUUUACAGUCUUCCACCACCAACAAUUUCAGCUUAUUUACCUGGUACAACUUCAGUGCACGAUGUGGAUGUCAAUCUUAAAGCAAGAGAUCAUACGCUUAAACUAUUAAAAUCACAUCUCCAUGAUGCUCAGGAAAGGAUGAAAGCACACACUGAUGCUCAUCGCACUGAAAGGAAGUUUUCUAUAGGUGAUUGGGUUUUUCUUCGUCUACAACCUUAUAGACAAAGAACUGUUACUAACCAAUCAUUUUCUAAGAUUUCUCCAAGAUUUUAUGGCCCUUUUCUUGUUCUUAAGAAGAUAGGCUCAGUGGAUUAUAAAUUGUAA